GCUGUCUAGAAGCGGUAAGAACUAUCGUGUUCUCCAUCCAUCAGCCUCGUUACUCAAUCUUCAGCCGCUUUGACCACCUGACCCUGAUGCACCGAGGAGAGUUGGUGUACGCUGGAGCUGCUGGGAAGGCCCUGAGCUACUUCACUGACUUGGGGUAUCACUGUGAGCCGUUCAACAACCCCUCUGACUUCUUCCUAGACGUCACUAACGGAGAGGCUCAGUCUACACUAGACAUCACUUCAUUUAACUAUGAUGAUAAGGAGAACUGUGACAACAGCAACCUUCUGGCAGUGAGCUACAGACAGUCAACUCAGUACCAGAGGGUGGUGGAGGAGCUGGACCAUUUGACGGGUCUGGAGGGAGGGGUCGGAGGUCAGGGACAGAAGGCCGACUACGUCACCUCCUUCUGGUACCAGAUGAGGAUAGUGGGUGGUCGUAUGGUGGUGAACUCUCUCAGGAACCCCCAGACAUCGUACGCUCAGCUGGCCCUCAACAUCUUCUUCGCUCUGCUGGUCGGCCUCAUCUACUACCAGAUCCCCCUGACUCUACCUGAAGCCCUACAGAACAGGAUGGGAGCAUUCUUUUUCCUCAUCAUCAACAUGGUGUUUGGGAAUCUUUCAGCUGUGGAACUCUUCAUCAAUGAGAGAGCUCUGUUCAUCCAUGAGAACUCUAGUGGGUACUACCGUACGUCCGUCUACUUCCUGUCUAAGAUAUUCGCUGACCUCAUCCCCAACCGCAUUGUUCCGAUCCUCAUCUUCUCAGCCAUCGCCUACUAUAUGAUGGGUCUGAAGCCAGCCUUCACAUCGUUCCUGCUCUUCACGCUGACCAUGUCCCUGGUCAGUCUAGCUGGGGUCAGUCUAGCGUUCCUGGUCUCAGCCUCUGUCUCCUCCUUCGCUAUGGCCAACGUCCUCAUCGCCCUGCCUUUCGUCUUCAUGAUGGUGUUUGGAGGGUUCCUGGUCAACCUUAACUCCAUGUUGUCUUGGUUGUCAUGGCUGAAAUGGAUCAGCAUCUUCCGCUACGGACUAGAGGCGGUGACCAUUAAUGAGUUUAAAGGACAAAUAUUCUACAGCAACACAACCAUUCUUCCAGGGGAGGUGUACCUGGAGACCCAGGGAAUAGACUACAGCACCUGGGGUUUCUGGCAGAACCAUGUAGCUCUGGCUGGGAUCAUUACGGUGUGUAUGGUUUUGGCCUACAUACAGCUCAGACGAAUCAACCGCUGGAAGUGACACAGGCCGCAAGAAUAGAAUCAGAUUGAACUACACCUUCUGGAACAACAGGGACUGUGAAGAGACACACAUCGCAAGAAUAGAAUCAGAUUGAACUACACCUUCUGGAAUAACAGGGACUGUGAAGAGACACACAUCGCAAGAAUAGAAUCAGAUUGAACUACACCUUCUGGAAUAACAGGGACUGUGAAGAGACACACAUCACAAGAAUAGAAUCAGAUUGAACUACACCUUCUGGAACAACAGGGGCUGUGAGGAGACACACAUCACAAGAAUAGAAUCAGAUUGAACUACACCUUCUGGAACAACAGGGGCUGUGAAGAGACACACACACACUCUCCACUCCAGUCCAUUGUAAUAUGGUUGUAUGGUUGUAUGGUACGUUUUGUGUUGUAGAAAUGUACUGGUGUAGUUAUGUUGUUGUUAUUUGGUGCCUUAAUGCAGUCUAAGUCCUGUCUGUGCCGGGGGGAGGGGUUCUACUGAACGAUGUGGAAUUGUUUAAGGUCAGAAGGUCAGAAGGUCAGAAGGUCAAACCAAGGAUCUUCUUGUUUUUUGAUUUAGAGUUUUAAGACUCCUCGAGGUAUCAAAAAAAUAAAAAUGAAACAAAUAUUUGAUUAACA